UUGGGCGACAGUAGAGACUAGUGGCUGCAAAAUCUCCUACACAGAGCCGGCUUUAUGUCUUCCUAACUAUCUGCAAGCUAGAGAAAUGAACCCACUAAUUGUUGCUGCUUAAAUGACAAGCAACCUGGACGAUCAGAAGAAACCUUUAUCUUUACAUCUUUGUCUUUUACAGAUUUUUAACUACCAAAGCCUGUUCUUCUUCUUGCACCAGAACUAGGUUUUUCCUUUUCUUCAGUUUGUGUUGGAUGGCUUUAAAAUCUCUAAGGAUCUUCUGUUAGUUUCCUUGUGGGGGAUGAGAGGCUAAAAGAGGAAGCAGUGAGAAGAUGUUAGCAGCAGAACGCGUUUAUUCAGGCAUGACAGAGAGCAUUCAGGGUCAAAAGACCACCACGAUCAGCUCAGCUGGCUUCUGCCUUUAGCCAACAUGAGGAAACCGUUUCCUAUGAACUCUUUAUCAUUCUCUUGAACUUUCAGAGCUGGGCUCAGUCUGUGACACUGCCUUCAAAAUUUAGAGUCAGAGCUCAAUGUUGGGACUUCAGAGGAGCAGAAUGAAAUGCAGGACAGCGGGAAUGAGGAACCUCUUGAUGAUUCUCGGAUUUUUGUGCCUGUGGAUUACUGCUCGAGCUCAGACAAAGAUCCCACCAGAGACGGUGCAGCAGUGGGCAUCAGUGUUCUCUGUCCAGCUUCGAGAACUCGCCACCAAAUACUCCGGCUCUUUGCUGCUGCAGAAGAAACUGAAGGAUGUGGAGCCCAUCAUCAAGAUCAUACAGCUGGAAGGAACUGACUUGGUGAAGGACUACUCCGAUGAAAUUGAACGAAUGUUGGGAAGCAAGAUGAAGUCAGUGAAGAGGUUAGCGGAGUCUGCAGAGGACGCAGACCUGUACCAUGAAUUCAACGCUACCUUGCAGUUUGAUUACUACAACUCCAUGCUCAUCAACACCAUGGAUGAGGAUGGAAACUACGUGGAACUGGGCUCAGAGUUUCCCCUUGAGGAGAACGAACAUUUCAACAACCUAGCAGUCAACACUCAGCAGAGCAACAUCCAGGUUCCUACCAACGUUUACAACAAGGAUCCAAACAUCCUCAAUGCCAUCUACAACUCCGAGGCGUUAAACGAUGUCUUCAUCAAUAACUUCCAGAAGGAUCCUACACUCACCUGGCAGUACUUUGGCAGUUCUACUGGCUUCUUCAGGAUCUACCCUGGUAUUAAAUGGACCCCAGACUCUAAUGGUGUGGCAGCCUUUGACUGCAGGAACAGAAACUGGUACAUCCAGGCAGCCACAUCUCCAAAGGACAUCAUCAUCAUGGUCGACAUUAGCGGCAGCAUGAAAGGACUUAAGAUGACCAUUGCCAAACACACCAUCAAUACCAUCUUGGACACACUGGGAGAGAAUGACUUUGUGAAUGUCAUUGCUUACACUGACUAUGUUCGCUAUGUGGAACCAUGCUUCAAAGGCACUCUGGUCCAGGCCGACUUGGACAACAGAGAGCACUUCAAGCUGUUGGUGGAUGAGCUGCAUGUUAAAGGAGAAGCCAAGCUCAAGAAUGCCAUGAAGGAGUCUUUCAAAAUUCUGAAUGAGGCGAGGGCAAAUGGUCAGGGCAGCAUGUGUAAUCAGGCCAUCAUGCUAAUCACAGACGGAGCCAUGGAGGACUUUGAGUCUGUCUUCGAGGAGUUCAACUGGCCUGAGCGCAGGGUGCGAGUCUUCACCUACCUGAUUGGCAGAGAGAUGACCUUUGCCCAAAAUACCAAAUGGAUUGCCUGCAACAACAAAGGUUAUUACACCCACAUCUCUACGCUGGCCGAUGUGCAGGAGAACGUCAUGGAGUACCUGCAUGUGCUCAGUCGGCCAAUGGUCAUCAACCACGACCAUGACAUCAUCUGGACAGAAGCCUAUAUGGACACUGUGCUCUUCAAUACCAAGGCUCAGAGUCUGCUGCUGAUGACCUCAGUGGCCAUGCCGGUGUUCAGCAAGAAGACGGAGACGCUGUCCCAUGGCAUCCUGCUUGGUGUGGUUGGCUCUGACAUCCCACUGAUGGAGGUGAUGAAGCUGGCUCCCAGAUACAUGCUGGGAGCUCAUGGGUACGCUUUCCUCAUCACCAACAACGGUUACAUCCUGGCUCACCCUGACCUUCGACCUCUGUAUAAAGAUGGAAAGAAACUGAAGCCAAAGCCAAACUACAACAGUGUGGAUCUGUCUGAGGUAGAGUGGGAGGAUACAGACGAGAAGCUGAGGACAGCCAUGGUAAAAGGACAGACGGGUAGACUCACCCUGAACAUCAGAGCAUCGGUGGAUAAAGGGAAAAGACCUCUGUACCUUGUCAACGACUAUUUCCACACAAACAUCGAUGAGACACCUUUCAGCUUUGGCAUGGUGUUGACGAAGGGUCACGGAAGUCGAAUAUUUAUGGGAAAUGUAUCUGUGGAAGAAGGGCUGCAUGAUCUGACCUCUCCAGACCUCUUUAUUGCUUCUGAAUGGACUUACUGUGAGACGGACAUUGACCCUGCUCACCGAAAAUACACCCAGCUUCAGGCCGCUAUCCGUUACCUGCUGGGGAAGGAGCCUGACCUUGAAUGUGAUGAAGUGUUACUACAGCAGACUCUGUUUGACGCUGUAGUAACGGCUCCUCUGGAGGCCUACUGGAAUGCCCUCAUGCUCAAUGACAGGGUGGAACCAGGGAUUGAGACAGCCUUCCUUGGGACUCGUGCCGGUCUGAUGAGGAUCAUGAGAUACGCAGGAGUGGAAACCAGGGUGGCAAAGAAAUUCCUGACUCCAACUGAUAAAAGCAACCUGUUCACCAUUGAUCACUUCCCUCUGUGGUACCGCCUGGCUGUGGAAAACACUCCUGGACGCUUCUAUUACUACCCUACCAACGACAAAGGAGUGAAGUAUGUCAUCGCAACCACAUCUGUGACGGUUUCAUCUGAAGGACAGACGGCCAUGGCUGGAGCUAUCGGGGUGCAGAUGUCCUUGGAUUUGCUGGAAAAGAGGUUCUGGGCCAUUGCCAAGCAGCCCAGCGACACCGAUUGUUCAGACAUUGAAGGUGUGUGUCCUCUCAGCUGUGAGAGCAUUGAUCUGAGCUGUUACCUGGUCGACAACAAUGGCUUCAUUGUGCUGUCUAAAGAGAGGAAUGAGGUUGGUCGUUUCUUUGGAGAGGUGGAUGGGUCUGUCAUGGCGUCGCUGAUCAGGAUGGAAAUGUUUAAAAAAGUGUCGUUGUUUGACUACCAGGCGAUGUGUAAGAACAGCCACCAUCACGCCAGCAGCGCUCGUCCACUGCUCAGUCCAUUUUAUGGUAUUGUGGCUGUGAUAAGAUGGCUCUUCUCCAAUGCACUAAUGUUCCUGCUGGACUUCAACUUCUGUGGUCUCUGGCACUCAGACUAUUUUGUGGACGCUCAUAAGCAGAAGAAGGUGGAGGCCCUGCAACCUUGUGAUACGGCAUACCCUGGCUUCAUGUAUGACUCGUCUAUCAGAGAGGCCAACAGCAUCAUCAAAUGUGGGCGCUGUCAGAAGAUGUUUGUGGUGCAACAGAUUCCUGACAGUAACUUGGUUCUGGUUGUGACUCAGGCUGACUGUGACUGCUCUCGUCAGUAUGGACCCAUCCUGCUGGAACCCAAAGAGAUCAAAUAUAACGCCACAGUGAAGUGCAACAGGAUGAAAUCUCAGAAGGUGCGACGUCGUCCAGAGUCCUGCCAUGCCUACCACCCAAAGGAGAACGCUAAGGAGUGUGGCGGAGCAACGGCAAUCUUCCCAUCACUCUUUCUAUUUCCUGCCUCCCUGCUCACCUCAUUGGUCCUCCACUGCUGGACAUAAACCAGGACACACCCACCAAUCAGGGAGAAAAAACUUUGAAAACCAGCCAAAGGAUGUUUUUUUAUUUGUUUGUUUGUUUUUUUUACUUGAACAUAACAGACAAUGGAAACCAGAUGAAGAAAUAUCCUCUCAAAUUUUCUUUGUGCUGUUCAGAUGAGCUUGGUCUCAUUGCAGUGGAGAUAAAGGGCUAUGUGAUUUUUUUAAACAUAAUCUAGACUAUUUUCCUCUGGGAAUAAGUAAAAGUCACUCCGAAUCAAAGCUUUGAAGUGGCUCCUCAGCUCCUGGACAAAUAGCCACCUUGUUAAAAUGCUGGAUGUACUCUUGAAGGGGAGCUGCCGCCCCCUACUGGACAGCUACAAACAGUGCAGCUUAUUUUGCCAUUAUACCCAAAAUAGAAUGUAGCAUCUUUGUAGCUUUUUGAUACAAAAAAAUAAUGUCUACAGGUAGAAUUUUCAAUCACAUGAUUUACCAAAACUCUUUUGCAGUAGGUCAAAAAUGCUUUAAACUGAUGUUUUCAGGUCAAAGGUUACCAGAUAAUACAGUUGGUAAUAUGUGAAGAAAUCAUAUGAGACCAAAUCAAAUAGGAGUGUGUUUGUGACCAUGUGAAGAAAAAAUAAAUAUUGCUCUGCAGAUGCUGUAGAUAUCCAACUAAAGUCCAUGUCUGUGGAUGUUCUUCCAACUUGCAGUCUGUAAUACGCUACCGUUCCAAAGUUCGGGGUCACUCAGACAAUUUCAUGUUUUCCAUGAAAACUCACACUUUUAUUCAUAUGCUAAAAUAAUUGCACAAGAGUUUUCUAAUAAUCAAUUAGCCUUUCAACUCCAUUAGCUAACACAAUGCAGCAUUAGAACACAGGAGUGAUGGUUGCUGGAAAUGUUCCACUGUACCCCUAUGUAGAUAAUCCAUAAAAAAUCCAUCGUUUCAAGCUAGAAUAGUCAUUUACUACAUGAACAAUGUCUAGACUGUAUUUCUGAUUCAUUUAAUGUUAUAUUCAUUGAUGUUAAUUUCUUUCAAAAAUGAAGACAUUUCUAAGUGACCCCAAAGUUUUGAAUGGUAGUGUACAUUCACUUCCAGCUGCUGGAGUCUGAAUUGUGGAAGACACAGCAGCUGGUUGUCAAACACUGCUCUGUUUCAGACCUGCAGAUCUUAAAUGGCAAACCUUUGAAAACCACUGUUGCUUUCAAAUUUACAGACAGGCUUUUGGUGUAUUAAUUGGUGAAAUGUCAAUGAUAGGAGAUACCGUGAUGUCCUGUGCUGCAAUCUGUGAAAGAGGCUCCUGACAGUGUAACCAGUGACUUCUCUACUCUGUGUUGUGUUAAUUCAGCCAACACAUAGAUCUGUCUUUUUCAGAGACGAUCUCUGUUUAUUACAGCCCUUUACAGCUGAUGGAAAAGACACAUGAAAUCUUAGUUCACGCAAAAGCUGUGCUCCUACAGAAAUUAAAUAAUGCAUAACCAUAUAGGAAUUUGAAAGUGAACUUAUAAAAACACACAAACUACAACUGCACAAUCUCACUUACAUCUCUCUGAGAACACAUGAACAAAAGGGGAGCGGUAGGUGGGAAAAAUUUAUUUAUGGAACUGCGUGUUGUGACUAGAAGUGUACGCAGGGGUACAGGGACCCCCCCAGCAAAGGUUCCACACAACAGAUGGGAGGCAGACCAAACUUUGUGUAAGUAUAACAAUAAACAUAAGAACAAUGAACAAUAAAAUAUUAUGUAUAUAUAUAUAUAUAUAUAUAUAUAUAUAUAUAUGUAUUACUAAUACAGUAAUGCAUAUAUAUUUACCCCACAACCACUGGUGCCUGACCCUGUUACACUAACAGCUGGGAAGACACAGGAAAUGCAGACUGAACUUCAAAGUUCUGUACUGCAAAAUAGGAUUCGAGAUUAACAAGGUAGCUUCAGGUUUAACUCGGGGUAUUCAGGGCUAUGACGGUGGUUCACUUCUUAUCACAGUACAUCACCAUGGUAAGUGAUGCUGAACAGCUGAUCUACUGACCAAUCGCUUUAGUUGGAAAAAUACUAUUACCAUUCCUGAGAGAUCCCAUGGAGCUCAGAACGCAGAGAUGACUGUGGGUUUUCAAAAGCUGCAUUUUCAAAACCUUUUUUUGUUGUUUUUCUUAUCGGCCUUUAUAUACAGAUAUAAUCCUCAAACAGAGAUUGAUAAAGCACUGAAGCCUGGUACUUCUUGACUGUAAGAUUUGCCAUCAGUCUACUUACUGGUUUGAAUGAUGUUUUUGUAUUUGUUCUUUACUUGCUCCCAAAACUAUUAAAUGUCCACAAGAUUGCAGAUGAAAGAAUUCGACUGAAACUGUCCUAUAAGAAUGAGAUUGCUGAAUUCAUCCUUUACUCUUCACCACAAGAGUGUUUUUGGGCUACUUGAUUAUUUGUUCUUUCAAUAUUUUAUAGGUCGCAAAAGGGACUAUAUCUGUAAUUUCUUUGCAUGGUUGUGUGUUGUAUCAUGAUAAUCUAACUGAGUCGUGAAUAGAAAAUAUUUCUUUAAGCAACUAAUACACAUUUGUAAUUAUGUUCAGGUUGUGUCCUGCAUGAGGCAGUAAUAUUGACGGGACAAGACUUGCAUUCUUACAGUUGCUUUUAGCCUGUGUAUUCCUAUAAAACUCUUCAUAUUAGUUUGGGAUUAUAUCUUGCAUGCAUUCGGUCAUCUGGUGCCAACCGUGGGUGGCUGAUAAUCAGCUUUGUGUGAUUACGUAAUCUGACUGCGGUUGUUCUGUUUAGGGAACCGAUGAAGGGAAAGCAUGCUGAUUUCACUUUAUGGUACAAUCCUCAGGCCUCACUUGUUUUGGGAAAAUGUGCUUAUCUGCUUUCUUGUGACAGUGAGUUAACAAAGAGUUAACAAAGAGAGUUGAUGGCCACCUUUGUAAUAUCUGUUAUCUCUGACUGUUUUUGUUGAGCCGACUUACUCACAGAAAGGCCGGCUGUGUUAAACCUGCUUUGUAGUUCAGCCCUCAGGAGUUUAUUGGCUUACUUUGGUAUGCUAGGCGAAACAGGAAACAUUUAGCCUGUCCAAUAGCAACAUCCACUUCACAGCUCCUCUAAAGCUCACUAACAUUUUCUAUCUUGUGUUUUGAAACCAUACAACAGUAUUGAAAACUGUUUGCUGUAUGAGAGGAGAAGGAAAUAGAGCUUUACUCAUUCUUCUCUCCUCUGUGUGAUAUGAGCGAAGGAGGAGACAGGAGAAGAGGAGAGUCAAGGUAACAGAAAUGUAACUAAUAGUGGUACAAACAAUCACACUCACAUUCAUGCCCACACACAAUUUACAGUUACCAGUUAACCUCAGCAUGUUUUUGGACUGUGAGAACCUGGAGAAAACCCACUCAUGCACAGGGGGAACGUGCUUAUGCAACUUAUGUGAAAUAACUGUUAUUUUUCAGCCUCAUGUAAAUAGUCUUCUUAAAAAAAUCUGUGUAUAUAAUGUUCUCUGCGUUUUUGCACUGUGUGUUCGAUUUAUUCUGUACUGACCUUAAACUAUUUUUUCUCUCAUUUGGAGCUACUGUAACAGUAAACUUUCCCAAUUGUUGGAUCAAUAAAGUUUAUUUUAUCAAACUCCAUGCAGAAAGGUCCCAGUAAGGCCAAGAUGAGAACCAGGGAUCUUCUAGGAGAAAGUGCUAACCACCAAGCCACUGUGCAGCUCCGUCCUUUUGGGCAUGCUGAGGUUAAUUGGAGAUUCUAAAUUGUCCGUAGGUGUGAAUGUGAGUGUGAUUGUUUGUCUCUAUGUGUAGCCCUGUGAUUGACUGGUGACCUGUCAGCUGGGAUAGACUCCAACUUUCCGCGACCCUAAUGAGGAUUAAGCGGUGUAUAAAUAAUGGAUGGUUGGAUGGAUGGAUGGAUGGACAUCUUUUCCAGGUGCACAUUUGUCAGUCCUGCUCCCAGCAUGGAUUGAAUAUUCCAGGUGUGUGUCAUACCUCCUUUAUACCACGGUACGAGGCUCCUCCUAGCUCCUCCAGCAGCCUCCUCCAUCCUCGGUCCUCUCUCUCGUUGUGGUACACUCCUUGUGAUGUCUUUUUGCAAUGACUCAGAGGACCAAGGAGCCAAGGAGGCUAGAAUUAGUUAAGUGAGAUGAAUCUCACAAGAGUGGGACUUGUGUUUUCAUCAAGGUUCCUCCAAAUGCUAGUUUAGCCUGAAUUUCUUGGAGUCUUCUCACACAGUGAAACCAGUGAAAUUCUGCUUCAGAAUGUUUGUGUUUCUUUCACUUCAGUAUGGAGCAGGUCUGAACAUAAGACAUCUAAAAUACAAUUCAAUGUUCUUGUCCAACAUUACCUGCAACUGACCAAAACUGUUGCAACUGUGUGGCUAGCUGGCAUGUAAAUCACCCCCACAAUCAUACAACUGAUUCAGUGCUGGCAUUAGAUAAACCAUGAAACUCCAAACUGCCUAUAUAAGCCGAAGACACAGCCAUGGAGGCCUCCUGCUCCACAGGUUUCGUUGAGGUGAAGGUGACCAACAAUGUAUUGGGUCUUUUCAGGUGGGUUUGGGUAUAAUAAAGAUGUGCAAAUUGUGAUAAACCUGGACAUAGAAACAUCAAUAAAUUAAUGCUUUAUGUCCGUCUGCAUGUUGGUGCAUUUAUGUUUCAUUCUGUUUAUUAAGUUGCUGCCACCAGAUCAGACUGACAAAGAAAACUUAACAGCAUAUUAAUGUGUGAGACAGAACACAAGACUAGAGUGUGUCAAAAGUGAUAAAUGUGCUGCUGAGGACACGACCUCAGCAGCACAUUUAGCCAUCUGUAAAUGCUACACUGUCAAGACGAAUCAAAUUAACUGUACACAUCGAAUCAGUUAAUCAAGUUUAUUGAUUAGCAUUGAAUUUUUCCAGGAAAGAUUUGUGUUUUAAAGCUUUAAAAGGUAAACCUUGUUAGUAUACUGAGAUAUCUCACAUUUGGAAAGAUUGAAAAUUGUUAUGGGUAUUGUGAUUGAAAGACAUCCUGUCUAUUAUUAAGAACAGGCUUAAAACCCUCCUUUGUGACAAAGCCUGCAGUUAGGACUGGAUCGGGUCACCCUGAGGGGGUCAGCUGGAGUCAACAUGUCCGAGGCAUGACUGACUUCUUCUUUGAUGUCCCUUAGUUAUGGAUCAUUCCAGAAUUGGAGGACAUUUUACAUCCCAUGCAUCAAAUUUUCAAAUAAUCCAUUUACAAAAUGUGAAAACAUUCAGUUGUGUAAAUUUAUUUGUCCUGAGAUCAAAUCGAAAAAAAUACUAGGAGAAAAGAAUGUUUGAAAAUAUUUGUUAAAAUAUGAAGUCUGGAGUUUCUCCUAAGAUACCAUUUUUCUAUCGUCCUACUCCAUGAUUACCAAAACUGAAUCUGAAAUAAAACAAUUAUAAUGAAAUCUAAAUUUACUUUUUUGUGGUAUUUUUUCAUUGAAGUCUUUGGUAUUUGUGGGAACAUUUUUUUCAUAUAACAUUCCUAGUAUGUCUGUACUCUUUUGACCCUCUCAGUGUCAUAUCUACAAUUAUGGGAUUCAUAUUUGUUAUUGUGGGCUGCACAGUGGAGUAGUGGUUAGCACUUUUGCCUUGUAGCUAGAAGAUCCCCAGUUCUCAUCCCCACCUUCCUGGGAUCUUUCUGUAUAGGGGUUUGCAUGUUCUAUCUGUGCAUGUGAGGGUUUUCUCCAGGUUCUCCAGUUUCUCCCACAAACAUGCUGAAGUUAACUGGUCAUUCUAAAUUCUUCAUAUGUAUGAACAUGAGUGUGAUUGUUUGUCUCUGCACAUAGCCCUGUGAUUGACUGGUGACUUGUUCAGGGUGUUCCCCACCAGCUGGGAUAGACUCCAGCCCCUCCUCGGCCCUAAUAAAGAUUAAGCAGUGUAUGGAUGGAUGAAUAUUUGUUAUUCUUAAACUGGAUCUAGCUUGACUGCUCUUCUGUCCUUUUGCUACUCAACAAAAACAAACAAAUUUGGUUAUUUUUCAGACAAACUGUUAGAAAGGGUCUAAAUGUUAUUGU